CAGGGCAAAAGCUCUCGCGUAUCGGCCUCGCCUUUGUGUGGAUUGUAUCGGACAUGUGACACGAGAGGCAUCGACAUGCCACAUUUUGCCUGCCGUGUCUUUGACAUUCCAUAGUGUGCCUCGACCACGUUUCAAGAAAAUCUUUCGAGCAACUGCUUAUGCUUUUGAACAUCAUGCCGACCAAGGGUGACCAUUCAUUUAAUGGGGAUGAGUACGAAAGUAAAUCCAAUGCUGUCAAGUCUGGACAGGCACCCAUUUCUCUGGGCCACGAACAAUGCCAGAAAGUCCCAGCCCCACCACUGUCAUGUCCCAUCUGUAACAAAGCUUUUGGUCGAAAGUACCACCUGGCGAGGCACCUGCGCAAUGCAGUUUGCUCUACAGAACACAAGCUUUCCUUGCCCUGUCCCACAUGCGGCAAACUGUUCUCCUCAAAGGCAAAGCUUGACUACCACGUCACCACGCAUGAAGAGGCGGCCAACAAUUGCAAACAGUCUCCCCUCAGGCGGUUCGAGUGCCACCAGUGCGGCCGCCUGCUCUGGUCACAGUCUCAGUUGAAGAUUCAUCAGCGAACCCACACCGGAGAACGACCGUUCGCCUGCCCCGAGUGUUCCAAGACUUUUGUUUCCUUGGGCGCCUUAAACAAGCACAAGCUUUCUCACUCUAAGGAAAAGCCUUUCGUCUGCCCCCACUGCCCUGCCCGGUUUUCCUUGAAGGGCACGCUCAACAGGCACAUUCCCACACAUACUGGCAUACGCUCUCACAAGUGUCCUCACUGCUCCAAGGAUUUCAUCCAGGUUGUGGCACUCCAAGCCCAUCUCGUCACUCAUACAGGAAGCAAUGGCUUCCCCUGUCACGUGUGUGGACAUAUGUUCUCACGCAAGUCCCGCAUGAAGGAGCAUGUUCUGUGUGUUCACGAAGGCCAGCGUAACUUUAAAUGCAAUUUAUGCAGCAAAAAGUUUUCGCGCAAGGAUGAUCUCGUUACCCACCAAGAGCACAGGCACGGUCUUGGCCAGCAUUUGGGAAGUCUCAACCCGGCAUGGAGCAGCAUGAUGCUCAUGACAAUGGCUUCGGACAGUCUCUCGCCUCCCAGAACUUAUUCUGAUGAUGCGCUCAUAAAUGAAUCUGUGAUAACUCGUCAAUCCAUGUUAGAUGCGUCACCCGACUCUGGAGAGGCAGCUGCUCGCACAGAAUUGGCGAAAAGACAUGCACACAAAUUUCCAAGUUCAACACGUGCUACAUGCAAUGCAUAUGCAUUCCAACAAACUGACAGUAGUGACCUCAUUCUGCAAAGUAAAAAAUUGUGCAUGAAGCCGUCAGGUACGGCCGAUGCUUGCCUGGUUACCCUCCCCGGUGAAAUUUCACAGAAAGGCAUUAGUAAAAAUCGCCAUUCUAAAGAAAAAUGCACAGACACCUGUGCCGUGGACUACCAAAACCUCGAAAGAAAAUAUACGUCUACAUCUUGUGUUUUUGCAACCUCUGAGCGAAGCGACUUUUGUCUUAAAAGGGAUCCAUCAUUGAAUGGGUUGGAGGAGAACUGCGAUAAUCUGAAAAAUCGUAUAGAGGAGUUUCUCUGCUCCCUCAUUGAAAAACCGAUACUCAAGAGACUGGGUUGGCCUAAUGCACAUUUAAGCGACUUGUUGGAAUCUGUAAUUCGUCACUGUGGCUGCAGCCCAUCUGAGUCUCGCUCCGACUCCUUAGCCGACAAGCUCAGAGAAAACUGUAAAAUACUUUUCACUAAGGUGCUCGAAGAUGAUGUUGCUGGGAAGCUCCUUGACGAUGAUCAGAGUGUAGAUGCUGUGCUUGAUAAGGUUCUGGAGUUAGCUCGAUUGGGCUAGCCUGCGUUGAAUGGUGUGUGCAUAUAAAUUGUAGGAAAUGUUAUGCGAGGUAUUACUAUGGGGUGGGCUUGAUAACUGUUUGAUUUUUUGAUGCCCACAGAAAUCAUGCUGACUAUGCUAAUUUUAAUAGAGUGUAACUACAAAGGCCUGUGAUUAUUUUAAAAUUUUUGGUUCAACAGUAAUAAAGAAGCUGUACUGCAGACAGUGUUUGCAACAAACUUCUCUAGGAGGUGAGCAGCCUUCUUCUUUUUUUUUGUACGAUUUUCAUGUUUUGUUGCAUCUUUGUGACUUCUUGAAGUCAGAAUCGUGAUUCUUUAAUUUUUGAUGCGGAGUCACUCAUGAAGUUAUAUGAAUGGCAGUGAUAUGAGUGCCCAAUGUAAUUGGUGGGGAUGGUACAUUCAAAGCUUGACGGGAUGUAUCAGUAGCACUUGGAAAUGUUGUCAAUUCAGGGUUCAUUUCUUAGUUUUGCUUCAGGUUUACGAUCCUGCUGAAUUCUGUUUUAUGUGUUUGUAGCUGGCAUAUUAGCAUACACUUCCAUUUUCUAUGAAUCGAGCUUCAGGCGAAAUGGUAUUGCGGAGUCCAAUUGUUACAGCAUUCCUUUCACAUUCCUUGUUUCACUUCUAUUUCUGGGGAGAAAAAGAAAUACUACUUUAAAGUCUGAUGUUGGAGAUGUUUGUUGCGUUACUAAAGUGCACCUAUCCUUUUGUCAAAGCUGACUGCCUGUAGCGUUUGAAUGCUGCAGCAUAUCUAAUGUACUUAUAAAUAUUCUAAUUGAUACAGGCUUUUGUAACUUAUUUUCGCGUGCUCAUUGUGUACUCACCCAAGUCAUUGAUUCGAUCUCCUCUUGGCGUAUUGCUCAAAAAAGUGUCCCGCGCUCUUGCCAAACACUCAUUCCAAGUGCAUCUCAAGAACUUCGUGUGUACAGUUACCAUUCUGACUCAGGCUAUUUACAAGUCUGAUGUUCUGCUCAUUUCGCUUUUUUUUUUUCUUUUCUUUGCUGUAUAAACAUAUGUUACAGAAGACUCGUUCAGUUUAUAAGUGCUUCGUUUAAAUUUUUGGUAGUCAUUCCUCCACGUGCAAGUUGAUUCUAAUGACUUGAAAUUUUAUCUUUUCAUGGGCUGUUACGUUAAUGUCAUUGUUAGAACACAUGCUCGAACAAUAACCUACCUCUGCAAGAUUCCUGCGUGUACUUAAUUGGGGUGGUUCGCUGGACCAAUUAAUGCUGAAUUCUUGGAACAAAGGUGCUCCGAUUCAAUGACGACUGCAGAAGAUUGAUGCAAGACAGUGCGAACUCUAAACUGUGCUUUCACUCAGGGAGUGGAGGUUUGCAUGCUUGCCGAGUAACAUGUGGUCCAAAAAAGCACACUUGGGAAACUUGUUGACACUUGUCAAUGGUGUGCUCUCAGGUAAUCAGUUUCAGUGGUAUGCAGGGUAAUGCAUGCUCAUACAAUACAUGUUUUGCCAGACUUGAUCAUGAACAAAGCUUAUUCAAGCUCUUGUGCCACCCCGUCUCGUGGCGUAAAAAACCUGAGCUGAGCGUUCAAGCUGUGUUUUUUUUUUUAUCUUCUUCUACAUUGAAUGAGUGCCCUUCUGUUCAAGAUUGCUAGUGCUUCUAAUUUUUGUUUUUUCACUCAUUGAUUUGACCGACUAAAUUCUGUGUUACAUUAUGCACUAGCUAAUAGCAUCUCCUAUAUCGCAUGAUUAACUGGCAGUCUGAAAAUAUAAUAGUCUUGAAAUAGGACCAAGCGCCCUUUGUGCAUCAAUAGUUCUGGUGCGUUUACACACUUCUCAUGCUAGAAAAAGCUAAGGUUUAGUAAACAGACAAGGUAUGAGGAGUUGCGUUUUACUUGUUUCACCGAUUGGGUGUAAUGAAUUUUUGUUGCUGAAAGAUUUUGAGAACAGUUGAUGCAAAAAUUUUGAAGAAAAAAAAUGCCAGGCCUGCGCAGAAAG